AUGGCCAUAGCAACAAUAAAACAUUGCUGCCGAAUCCCUGAGCUGCCUGUAGACGGGAACCUUCUGUCUGAGUUCUUAUUUUUCAUCUACCUGCUGGUGGCCCUCUUUAUUGAGUAUAUUAAAAUCAGAAAGACUGUGUGGUGGUACCCAUACAACCACCCUGCCUCCUGUACAUCACCGAACUUUCACCUCAUUGAUUACCACCUGGCAGCAUUUAUCACAGUGAUGCUGGCGCCAAGGCUGGUAUGGGCCCUCAUCUCUGAGGCCUCUCAGGUGGGAACUACAUCAGUGAUUCACUACAAGGCACUGAUUUUGGCACGCCUGGUGCUGCUCACCUUGUGUGGAUGGGUGCUCUGCUGGACUCUAGUUAACCUCUUCCGUAGCCAUUCUGUUCUGAAUCUCCUCUUUCUCGGCUACCCGUUUGGUGUCUAUGUCCCACUGUGCUGCUUCCACCAAGACAGCAGAACACAGCCUCUUCCCAUAGACUGUGGCUAUUUGGUGCAGGAUCAGCUGGUAGAUUCCGGUGCCACUGGGGUUGGCAGCCUCGUCAAGCCCAAAGACUUCCUCUCUCUCUUGAGAGAGUCCCUGAAAGAACAGUUCAACAACCCCAUGCCCAUCCCCACACAUAGCUGCCCCUUGUCUCCAGACCUCAUUCGCAACGAGGUGGAAUGCCUGAAAGCAGACUUCAACCGCAGAAUCAAGGAGGUUCGAUUCAACUCCCUCUUCAGUGCCUGUUAUGUGGCAUUCCUGCCACUGUGCUUUGUGAAGAGCGCACAGUACUAUGACAUGCGCUGGUCCCGUGAACACCUCAUCAUGGUGUGGAUCAACGCUGUUGUCAUGCUCACCACCCAGCUGCUUCCUCUCAAGAUCCCUGGAGUUCCAUGA